ACGUGGCAAUGUCUGCGCAUGACAGUAACCGGAAGUAUUCCCCAACCGUACGUGGCAUCCAAAACGUAAUAUCAAGUCGUGUCAUUUUAUGCGUGUUUUCAGCAACUUCAUUUCUGCUUAAUCACAAAAUUACCUCUGUUCAGACCUUUAUCAAUAAGAGAGGAUUCCAAUUCAAGCAUUUUACAGCUAGAUGAAAUAUACAUGGUUAUGACACAAUGAACCCACAGUUCCCCGGAAACCAAGGCCAGAUGCCACCCACAGGGUAUGGUGCCCCUCCCGUGGGUGGACAACGGCCGCCAAUGGCAGGUCAACCCAUGUACAACGGCACAGGUCAACAAGGCCAAUCCAGCGGUUUCCCUGGUGGACCACCAAAGCCUAUGGGUCCAGGACAAAGCCAAUACAGACCUAUGUCAAAUGGACCACAGCCUGGUGGCUUCCCAGGAGGAGGCCCCCAAGGGGACAACAUUCAAUAUGGAGCACCAAGAGCACCAGCACCAGCAAUGGUGGCAAAGCCAGUACCACCACAGAACACCCCUAACUCUACAGGGCCCCCUAACUCCAUGAUGGGUCCAGGGCCAGCCCCUAACAUAAUGGGUCAUGGGCAGCCCCCUAAUUCUAUGAUGGGACAAGGUGCCCCACCCCACAUGAUGGGUCCUGGAGGCAGACCCCCAGCACCUCAUGCCAUGAUGGGGUCUCCAAACAUGAUGGGCCAAGGAGCACAACAGGGGGGCCAGUUCCGACCCCCUACCCCAGGACAAGGACAAUUCCCUGGUGGACUGCCCCCUAGCUCCACACAGCAGAUGACAAAUCAGAUGGGUGGUAUGACUGUAUCGGACCAGCCUCGAACUAUGGAUAUGUCCGGCAGUCGCGGUGGUCCUCCAUCAACUGUGGGCAAUGUUCAAGGAAAUGCCCCACCCACAAAUUAUGGACAAUAUGCACAGGGUGGUCCUCCUUCAGGGCCUCCUAUUGGGUAUGGUGGAGGAGCCCCACCAAAACCACAGACUUCUACACCGGCUAGUUUCCCCCAUGCACCAGGGCCAGCAACUUCAGUGCCAGGGGGAGGAUUCCCCAAUCAGGGGCCCCCUACCUCCAUGCCUGGAGGAUUCCCCAAUCAGGGUCCUUCUACAUCUAUGCCUGGAGGAUUCCCCAAUCAGGGUCCUUCUACAUCUACGCCUGGAGGAUUCCCCAAUCAGGGUCCUCCUUCAUCUAUGCCUGGAGGAUUCCCCAAUCAGGGUCCUCCUACAUCUAUGUCUGGAGGAUUCCCCAAUCAAGGUCCUCCUACAUCCAUGCCUGGAGGAUUCCCCCCUCCUGGCCCCCCUUCUAGUCAGUAUGGUGGCAUGCCCCCUAUGUCAUCCCAACAGAUGCCUCCGUCAUCUCCUGGCCCCCACUCCCUGGCCCAGCCAGGGCCCCCAGGAAGGGGCCAGCAGUAUAUGGGUGGAACCAUGCCAGGGACAACCUUUCCCCCACAGACAGGCUACCAAAGUGCAGGAGGACAACACAUGCCAGCCGCUGGUGGAAUUCAACAACCAGCUCCCAGGAAACUUGACCCAGACCAGAUGCCUAGCCCAAUACAGGUGAUUGAGGAUGAUGAGGCCAACAAAGGGGGAGUAUUCAGCACAUUGGAAAGGGGCGCUGCCCCACCACUAGUGACCACACCCUUUACCGUUCAAGAUCAAGGAAACUGUAAUCCACGGUUUAUGAGGUCAACUACUUACACCAUACCAUGCACUGCAGACCUACUCAAGACCAGCCACAUACCAUUAGCCCUCACCAUAUCGCCAUUUGCUAAACUCAAUGAUGGAGAGAGCGCACCCCCGAUUGUCAAUUUGGGAGAAGUUGGUCCAGUGCGGUGUAAGAGAUGUAAAGCCUACAUGAAUCCGUUUAUGAUGUUUAUUGAUGGUGGACGGAGGUUCCAGUGUGUAUUCUGUGGGGCACAAACAGAUGUACCAGCAGAGUACUUCCAACAUCUUGACCACACGGGUAGGAGAGUGGAUGCAUACGACAGGCCAGAACUUUGUCUCGGCUCCUAUGAAUUCGUUGCCACUAAAGACUACUGCAAAAAUAGCACUCUGCCUAAUGCUCCUGCCUUCAUCUUCAUGAUUGAUGUGUCCUACAACAGUGUCAAAAGUGGUCUAGUACACCUACUGUGUAAAACCCUCAAGGAGGAAAUUCUCGUCAAUUUACCAAAGGAAGUUGGUGCAGAGGAAUCGGAGAUACGUGUGGGAUUUGUUACAUACGCUAAAGAAAUUCACUUUUAUAAUGUCAAGGGAAAUCUUGCCCAGCCACAAAUGUUGGUUGUAUCAGAUUUAGACGACGUUUUCGUGCCAUUGUUGGAUGGUUUUCUCGUUAAACUAUCCGAAUCCGAGGCUGUAAUUGACAGCUUGCUUGCCCAGAUCCCAGUUAUGUUUGCGGAGUCAAGGGAGACGGAGACGGUGCUUGGCCCUGUCAUACAAGCAGGCUUAGAUGCCCUCAAGUCUGCCGACCGCAGUGGAAAACUCUACAUAUUUCACUCAUCACUACCUAUAGCGGAGGCACCAGGCAAGCUUAAAAACAGGGAUGACAGGAAACUGCUCGGCACAGACAAGGAAAAGACCAUCCUUACACCACAGAACAACUUCUACACCAAGGUGGGCCAGGAGUGUGUAGUGGCUGGCUGCAGUGUGGACAUGUUCCUCUUCCCCAAUGCUUACAUCGACGUGGCGUCUAUCAGCGACGUGUGUCGUCUCACUGGCGGCAGUAUGUACAAGUACAGUUACUUCCAGUCUGAUAACGAAAAAGCUGACCUGGACGGCUCUCGAUUCAUGGAAGACUUGAAGAUGAAUGUCGAGAGCCAGGCUGCAUUUGAUGCUAUUCUACGUGUGAGAACAAGCACAGGCAUACGGCCAGUAGACUUCUAUGGUAACUUCUACAUGGCCAACACGACAGACGUGGAGUUGGCUGCCAUGAGCCAGGGCCAGGCAAUAGGGGUCGAAGUUAAGCAUGAUGAUAAACUCAAUGAAGGAGAUGGUGCUUUUGUACAGAUAGCAGUGCUCUUUACUAGUGUCAGCGGGCAGAGGCGCCUGAGGAUACACAACCUUUCCUUCAACUGUUGCAUGCAGAUGGCCGACCUGUUCCGCAGCUGUGAACUUGACACACUUGUCAACUUCAUGUCAAAACAAGCUGUACGGGAGACGCUCAAUUCAAACCCGCGCCAGGUGCGUGAAAAUGUGAUGAACCAGGUUGCCCAGAUACUGGCAUGUUAUAGGAAGAGCUGUGCCAGUCCCUCGUCAGCAGGCCAACUCAUCCUGCCUGAGUGUAUGAAGCUCCUCCCUCUUUACUCCAACUGUAUCAUCAAGAGCGACGGCUUACAAGGUGGGUCAGAGAUAUCGACAGACGACCGAAGUUACCUGAUGCAUCUUAUAAGUGCAAUGGACGUUAAAUCAUCACAUGUGUUCUUUUAUCCACGACUGAUGCCUCUGCACAAUUUGGAGAAAUCAGCAGCAAAGAUGCCAAGAUCCAUACGGUGUUCAGCUGAAAGGCUACAGGAUAAUGGAGUUUAUCUUUUAGAGAACGGUAUAUCCAUGUUUAUGUGGAUAGGUCAUAAUGUUGAUCCCCACUGGAUACAGGAUAUAUUUAGUGUCCAGAGUGCAGCACAGGUGGACAUAGACAAGUGUAAACUGCUGGCACUGGACAAUCCAUUGUCUCAACGAGUAAACGAGGUAAUCCAACAGGUCCGAGAAGAAAGGCACAGAUAUAUGAAGUUAACGAUAGUGAGACAAAGGGACAAGCUUGAACCUUGGUUCAACCAUUUCUUGGUGGAGGACAAAGGACUCAACAACAGUGCCUCAUACGUAGACUAUCUGUGCCACAUACACAAAGAAAUUCGAGGUCUAUUAAGUUAAUACAGAAAUGUCACAUGGACUUAUCGGACUGAAAUCAGCAGAGUGGAACGCGUAAACCAAAAUGUUUCUCUCAGGGGAACAGUUAGGUGCCGCUGGUAGGUUGGAGGUGAAGGUGUGUCGGAAUAAAGAACUUUGACAAGAUCAGAGUGCCCAGAUUACCAGUACAUGUACUACACUAAAAAGUUCUUCUGGUAAAAAAUACAGCUCUGAGUCACACGAGAAGCCAAAGGUUGAACGACACAUUAAUAAUUACCUCUGACAUUCUGCAUGAAGUAGAUGAAACAUGGGACACUUCGAAACUGAACUGCGCUACAAUACAGCAAGAGAUUAUCAGGAAAGCCCUGUGGGGAUGUUUGUAAGGCUCGUGUUUUUCUGAAGCUCCUGGUCGAGUUUAGUACACAUGCUAUACCUCAUCUCCUUGACAAUAGCCAAUGUGAUUAACAUUUAAUGGUAUGGUAUGCGGUACGGUUUACAGUUAAUAGGGUGUGGAGUUGUCGGCUAUAUUUGUAAGAUCACUAAAUCCGUUUUUGUGAGAUUUGUAUUUUUGUGAUAAUUACGGAGGAAUGUUGAUGAGUAAUUUAGAUAUCUUGCAAAUGUUUAUACAUCUGCUAUUGUUCCGGGGUUUGCAUAAUUUGUUUCACGCAAAAAUGUGAAAAUAUGAUUUAAGUGAAAAUACAUGUUCACAAAAAAAUCAGCGAUUUAAAACAAGCUGGAUUACGUCUAUAUAAUAUACAUGGAUGUAUCUACAAUGGACAUAGAAUGUAACACCACUCGAUUGAAUAGUUAUUGUAAAAGUACAGUUAGAGUAUCCGAGUUAUUAUUUAUAUAUUUAGUAGCACAAAUAGGUUUGUUUCUUUAUGAAUUUGUUAUAUUGGUUGACAUCUGGAUACCAAUUCUAGUCUUUGGUAUGUUACCUGUUCUCUAUUAAAUGGUCAUUUUUGUCGAAAUAAAUCCACUUUUACUGGUGAUGAAAUAUUUUUGUUGCUUGAUUCCUCAAAUAAUUUCAAUAUAUAAUAAAUAUAUAAAUCAAUGUUAAGAAAUGAAAUCUUGCAUUCUGGAAAAAGAAUAAUAACUGUCAAAGAUAUUCAUGAGACUGGAGUUAGAAAUAAAUAUUCUAAAAUAUUCUAAAUAUGAUAUAAAAAGGAAACUAUAUUUUUGCAUCCCAGAAUAUUUGUGUCUUUCCUAAAUGAAUAUGAAACGGUAGGUUGUCAGAAAAAAGUGUUCAUUUUCAACAUUUCAAAAUUGUUUUAAUUUAACACACUAGAGCAUUUUGUCACUCAGUGUUGUUACUAAUAGUCUUUUAAUGUUAUCUUACAUCCCAGUCUCCUUCGAAAUAAUUCUGGUCAGCUUCACUACCUUAGACAGUUUUGAUUUGGUACAGUGAUAUUUUCUAUAUCUUGGGUAUGAAAUUUUGCUUGAAAGCCUUCAGUGCUGUGUUAAAUUUACAGAUUUACCAUACCAUGAAAAUAAAACUACUAAAAUAAUAAAUCCUGUAUCCAGUAUAUAGAAAAUAUGACAACAUGACAGUACUGUAAAUGGAUAUAUGUUAUUUGUUUAUCAGUGCUGAGCGAGUCAUUGGGAAUGCAAGAUGAGACAUGGUAUUUGUAACUAUAUAUAUAGCUACCAGCUUGUAUUAUGUGUUCCGCUUUCACAAAGGCGUUAUCAUCAAAGCUGUCUCCACGCCUGGAGUCCUUGCAUUAAGGCAGGCUCCCAAGUAUAGCUACCCUUUUAACUGGGGUAUACCCUAAACAAAGACUCCAGGCUAAUGUAGCAUGGUGCUGUUCAAGCAUUUUGUCAAGUUUUAACUUGGUUACUGUCACUGCUGUAUAUUAUGUUUAGCCUCCAAGCAUUGUUGUACCCUUCUUCCCCAACUCAUUGCAAUAUAAUUCUUUCCCUUCCCCAAAUGUGUUUUCAUUAACAGGCAGUCAUGUAUCAGAUAUAAGAGGAUAGGAGUAUGUAUGUGUGAGAUUGUUAAGCUAUUGUAACAUAUACUAAUUACAGCUGUAUAAAGUUUGCAUGUAUCGCAGAAACCAGUUAUGAAUGUAAUAUUGAGAAAUGAAUGAAUGAUGGACUUUUUUGUCAGUUAACAUGUAAGCCAGUUACUGUGUAUAUUACACACUCAAAAUACAGGUCUUGUAUAUUAAAAUAGCUACUGUUGGAAUCUGGCAUUAUGAAAGUGUGUGCUGUUUUAAAAUGAAAGUCAAUCAAGUAUUUUUACAGUCAAUGUUGUACUGCACAACAAGACAUGUUCUACUAAAAUCAUGUUGUACUGCACAACAAGACAUGUUAUACUAAAAUCAUGUUGUACUGCACAACAAGACAUGUUAUGCUAAGUUCAUGAAUGUAAGUUCAUUAAGAUUUUGAAGCAAUGGUGGAUGAAUCAAUGUUCCAAUAUUUCGUAAUACAAUAAUAAUAUUGUAGUUCUGAAAAGUAUUCACACUAGAUUCUUGUAACUCUCCAUAAAACAAGUCUCCUUAAAAAUUAAACAUGCUCAAAAGAAAAUAUUUAAUAACCAUUGUUACAUAUAGACAAAGAAAAAAUGCUAACAUUUAUAUAAUUUGUGAAAUUCUCAUCUGCAUAUUUAGUCAGAAUACUGAGUACCAUUUUAGAUGAUUGAACUCUGAUUUUCCAAUUUGAAACAAGACUCCAUUGAUGGCAUUAACGUUGUUAGUAUUACCAGAACUUUGUUUCUACUAUUCAUAAGGUAAAGGCAGAUCAUAAUUUUAUUCUUAACGUUUUAAACUAUGGCUUCCUGCAUUGCACAAGGUAUAUGGAGGUUUAAAUUAGUUAAUACCAAGCCUUUUUCCCCUGAGCAUGUUUUUGUUUUAGGCAUUUAUUGUUAAUUUGAAUGCUUCUUGUACAACACUGUUGUGAAAUCUAUAUCAAUUUUUUUGCACACAAAGAAUUGAUACACCAAUAAAUCAUCAUCACUAUGAAAACUUUAAAGAUAAGAAGGAAAAAUGAAAUUAAACAUAGCUUUAAACAUGGCAUAAUUUAUUUCUGUUACUGGGUCAAUAAUGGCAAAUACUUGUACAUUUGAAUAUGUAUCUCUAAGUUUAUGUAAUCUCCUUCUUUCUGCCAUUUCAUGAUAGCACAAUAUGUUACUACCGGUAAUUCUUUAAUGUGCAAUUCAGCUAUUAUUUCUUGGAAUCUUGAAUUGCUGAAAUUUCUAGUGCAACUGACCAUUGUAUUUUGUCUGUAAUCUUGUAUUAAAUAUGGUGCUUCCCCAGGUUUUGUUCAGUAUGAUGGGGAGUUUUUCUCUUAAACAGAGAGAGUCCUUUAGGAUCUUCUGACCUAUUAAUCAGGCUCCUUGCCAUAAAACAAGGCAAUCACAAUAGUGAUCUUUCCACCUGUUCCACCAACUUAUUAUGCGACUUCUCACCAGGAAAUGAAAAUAAAAUAACAGGCAAGAAUCAUCCCUUCUGUUCUACCACAAAACAGGAAACAGUCAGCAUAUUUAAUACCAGAAUAGGGAUCAGGUCUGUCAACUUAAAAGAAUAUAUAUAUUAGUAUUAAAUGAGCAUUGAAAAUUGCAAAUUCAUAGCCUAUAAGAAAAUACCUACAUACACUUUACAGUAUUUUUGAGGUAGUGAUUUCUAAUGUAUUGAUGUUUGAUUGCUAAAAAUGUAUUCAGCAAUUUGUAAAAUCAUGAUGGAGGCAAUGAAGUUAUUUUACAAGUAGCAUUUUCAGUUGCAUGUUAUUUAUAUGUUGACACUGUGAUAGCUGUAUCAUUGAAUGUAAAGUACAAGCCUUCUGGUCCGUUGUGGGACAUUCUCUGCGGGCAAGGCAAGAAGGCGAGAUUUUUUGUCAAAAAAUUAAAAUAUAACUGAUGAA